AGACCCAAGUCAAUGGAAAGAGUCAACCAAACCAGCAGUGUCUCUGAAUUCAUCCUCCUGGGACUCUCCUCCCGGCCUGAGGACCAGAUGCCACUCUUUAUCCUCUUCCUCACCAUGUACCUCAUCACAAUAAUAGGGAACCUGCUCAUCAUCCUGGCCAUCCGCUCUGACCCCCAGCUCAAGACCCCCAUGUAUUUCUUCUUGAGUUUCCUAUCAUUCACUGACAUUUGCUUCUCAACGACCAUUGUUCCCAGGAUGCUGGUCAACUUCUUGUCGGGGAAGACCAUCGCCUAUGCUGGGUGUCUGACCCAGAUGUAUUUUAUAUAUGCUUUGGGCAACACUGACAGCUGCCUUCUAGCAGUCAUGGCCUUUGACCGCUAUGUGGCCAUCUGUGACCCCUUCCACUAUGUCACCAUCAUGAGCCACCACCGCUGUGUCCUCCUGGUGGCCUUCUCCUGCUCAUUGCCUCACCUCCACUCACUCCUACACACACUUCUGCUGAAUCAGCUCAACUUCUGUGACUCUAAUGUUAUCCACCACUUUCUCUGCGACCUCAGCCCUCUGAUGAAAUUGUCCUGCUCCUCCACAUUUGUCAAUGAAAUUGUGAUAAUGAUUGAAGGAUCUGUUAUUUUGGUGACCCCCUUUCUAUUCAUUGCUUUCUCUUACACACGAAUCCUCAUCACUGUUUUCAACAUUCCUUCAGCUGCUGGGAAACGCAAAGCCUUCUCCACUUGCGGUUCUCACCUCACUGUGGUAACACUCUUUUAUGGAAGCAUCUUCUAUGUCUAUUUACAGCCCGUGUCCACCUACACCGUCAGGGACCACAUGGCAACGAUUGUCUACACAGUUCUGUCCUCCAUGCUCAACCCUUUCAUCUACAGCCUGAGAAACAAAGACCUGAAGCAGGGCCUGAGGAAGCUGAAGGGCAGGAGGAAACCCCAGGCAGCACCCUCUUGA